AGAAUGAAUUUCAGCAUUAUCUGUUAAAUCAGGCAAGGCAUCUUGGACUGAGUGACGAAUUUGGAAUUCCUUUGGAAUCUGCACAUAUUUUCACCCGGAAACACACAAAGAUGGAUGCAGAUGGGGAAAAUAAAAAGCUGCGCACACGCUCAAAAGGAACCAAGGUUCAAGUGGACUCUAUAGCUCAAGAGCUCAGUGCCUACAAAUGCUCCAUGGCUAAGAAGAGAAAAGCCGAAGACCAGAUACCAGGAAUUCCUGUCAACAAAAGGAAGUCCCUGUUAAUGAAACCCCGCCACUACAGCCCCAGUGUGGAAUGCAAAGAUGAAAAUGAAGACAGGACAGAUUUACAGGAAGAGAUCAGUGUCCUCGAAAGCAGCUCAACUCCAGAGGAAAGUACUCCAAAAUCAUCUGAGGAAACCCCUCUCUUGGGUGGACAAGAAAAUUCCAGUCAAAGAAAAGAUAACUACUCCAGCUAUCAAGAUGAUGUGGCCAAAUCUUUGAUGAACAUGGGAAAAUUAGCAAAGGACACACCCAGCCAAACAGUGGCAGAAAAUCUAAAUGAUAGCGGCAUUCAAUCCUUAAAAACAGAAAGUGAUGACACUGAUGAAUGUUACAUGAUUAACUCAGCUGAAGGAAAGGAAAAGACUGUUAUUUCUGACCCAAAAUACUGUUCAUCUGAGGAAAAUGAAAGUAACUCUGAAAUUAUGGACAACGAGUGGGACAGCUCCUCAAACUUCUCAGAAGAAACUAGUAUAAAGCCCCAUGUAACUCAGAAGUAUAUUGUAGAGUGUAGUCAACCUAGCAUCCUGGAAGUCCCAGAAAUUAAGAAGGAAGAGGUAGAAUUUGGCCCUUGUGAAACACUUUGUGACUCAGAAACAGAGCUAAGAGCACCCCAGGAGUCUCACCCAGAUCCUUUUGAGAAGAGAAUUCAGAAUCCCUUCCCUGAAAGUGAAGAAGAUGACAACGAGUGCCUGUCAGAAACCACAGAAGCAUCAGUCGAGCUGGACAAAACAAAAGGGAACUUGAGUUUGCUAGAACAAGCAAUCGCUCUGCAGGCAGAGCAAGGGCAUGUGUUUCACAGCACCUACAAGGAACUGGACAGGUUUCUUCUGGAGCACCUAGCAGGGGAAAGGAGGCAAACCAAAGUUAUUGACAUUGGUGGGAGACAGAUAUUUAGCAACAAACAUUCACCCAGGCCUGAAAAGAGAGAAACCAAAUGUCCCAUCCCAGGAUGUGAUGGCACAGGGCACGUGACUGGGCUGUACCCCCACCACCGCAGUCUCUCAGGCUGUCCACAUAAAGUUAGAGUGCCACUCGAAAUUCUUGCCAUGCAUGAAAAUGUUUUAAAGUGCCCCACCCCAGGAUGCACAGGAAGAGGACAUGUCAACAGCAAUCGCAACACACACAGAAGCCUUUCUGGUUGCCCAAUUGCUGCAGCUGAAAAGUUGGCAAUGUCCCAGGAAAAGAACCAGCUUGAGUCUCCAAAAGCUGGGCAGUGCCAUGACCAGACUCACAGGACAAAUUUAGCAAAGCAGCCUGAGGUAUCUCAGUACAAUUACAGAACUUCACAGCCAGUCACCUCCUCCAGAGCCACCCUGGCAAAAGAACAGGAGAAGUUUGGGAAAGUACCAUUUGAUUAUGCCAGCUUUGAUGCACAAGUCUUUGGCAAACGCACAACAGCACCUGUGGCACAAGGACGAAAAACACCCCAGUUCCUUGAAU